AUGGCGGAUUUGUGGUCUCAAGUGGGGCCCGCAUUAGCCACAUUCAUGUUUUUCCGCAGUGUAUACCAGAGCUAUUUCCCACAAGACUUGAUGAGCAGGUACAUUAACAAAGUGGUAAGCUACUUCUACCCAUAUGUCACCAUUACUUUUCCAGAAUUCGAAACAGACGGCUUCUAUAAGCGCAGCAAAGUGUUCGGGUACAUCGAACGGUACCUUAGCUCCAGCGCCUCCACACAAGCUACUUCUCUGUUAGCCAAUGGAGUCCGAGGUAGCACCGCAUACGUUGUUCUUAGUAUGGGACAUUACGAGGAAGUGAUCGACGUAUACAAAGGAAUCAGGCUGGAGUGGAGCUCGUACAAGCACUCACCGAACAGACAGACGAUCAGUUGGGGCGGAAAGGACGUGGACAAGAGGCUUUUCGACCUUAAAUUUAACAAGAAACAUCUCGAGGUUGUUACCAAGCAUUACUUGAAACAUGUGGUGGAAGAGGGGAAGAGGAUUUAUAAGAAGGAAAAGAAACGCCGGCUGUAUACAAACAACAAGAGCGAUGAUUGGGAUGACGACAUGUGGAGCUACGUCACCUGGAAGCAUCCUUCCACUUUUGAAACUAUGGCGUUGGCACCAAAGAUGAAGCAGGAAAUCAUGGAUGAUUUGAUCGCGUUUAGAAACGCCAAGGAUUAUUAUAUGAAGAUAGGGAAGGCUUGGAAGCGUGGUUAUCUUCUUUAUGGGCCGCCUGGAACUGGAAAAUCGAGCAUGAUUGCUGCCAUGGCGAAUCUCAUGGAAUACGAUGUGUAUGAUAUUGAGCUUACCACGGUGAAGGAUAACAGUGGUCUUAAGAAGCUACUCAUAGAUACACCCAGUAAGUCUAUCAUAGUGAUUGAAGACAUUGACUGCUCUCUUGAUCUCACUGGUAAGAGGAGUGCGGAAGAGGAGGAGAGCAGCAGUGAUGACGAAGAUGAUAUUCCAAUCCCGAACAAGGCUAAGAAGGAGAAGAAGAGCGAAGAGGUGACAUUAUCAGGGCUCUUGAACUUCGUCGAUGGUCUCUGCUUUGAUUCGGAGAGGGAGGAUGGAUAUGCACAUCGAGCUAUCAUAUUGCUGCUUUGA